AUGGAUCUCUUGUUAAUUUGCGAUACCCUAACUGUUGCCACUUGCCAAGGACUAGGAUUUGCGAAAUUAAUCCUCGAUCGUCACCCUUACUUGGCUGCAAAUAGCUGCCUUUACCUCUCCUCCGAUUCACCCGCCGGUAAUCUAGGAAUAUUCCACGUAACCGCCGGAAUAGUCCCCAUCGACGCCGUCGCACCUCCUCCUGUAAAGCCCAACUCCUAUAAGACAUUACCUCGAACUCUCCUUCGAAGAAAGCGCCGCACAAAGCGGAAGUUGUUCACUGGUGACGACUCCAACGACGGCGAAGAUUAUGGAUUCUUAUUUGGUAGUGACGGCGGCGACGGAAAGAGCGGAGGGAGCGGUUGGGGUGGUGGUGGCUGGAAUUUUGGCGGGUUUGGAGAGCAGAAUUGGGAUGAAUCUCCGUCUCCGUGGACGGGUACAGCUCUAGAUUUUGUAUACGAGGUGAUUUCAUGGAUCGCUUUGUCGAAUUGUGUUCAUUUCGCGUUUAAGAAGAUGGUUAGAAUUGUAGCGAACGGGAUCGAUGAAGCCGACGACAGAGGGAAGGUUCCGAUGUGA